UCACAUUUCGAACUUGGAGGUUUGCAAGCUUCAGGACAUCACAGACCGAAAUCGCCGACGCCACGCCCAACGAGACCCCCCCGACCCCGACCCCCGCACAACGACAAGUCCCGAUAACCUCAAGGACCGCCAAUCAUGACGAAAGGAACUGGAUCGUUCGGAAAGCGUCACAACAAGUCGCACACGCUCUGCCGUCGUUGCGGACGCCGGUCUUUCCACAUCCAGAAGAGCACUUGCUCGUCCUGCGGAUACCCCGCCGCCAAGGUCCGCAAGUACAACUGGUCCGAGAAGGCCAAGAGGAGAAAGACCACCGGUACUGGACGCAUGCGUUACCUCAAGACCGUCACCCGGCGCUUCAAGAACGGCUUCCAGCUCGGAACCCCCAAGGGUGCCCGUGGCUCUGAUGCCCCCGCUGCUCCCGCCACCUCCGCAUAAACGGGACAAACAAAAAUAAAAAGGGCGAAACAAUCAAAUUUCCUUUUUUGUCUGUUUGUUUUUUCGGGGCUUCUUCUUUUCUUGUUUCCGUUCUCCUUUGCGGGUGAGUUGGGAUAAACUCCUCUUGUGUGGGAGAAGGGGUUCAAACAACUUCUUUACGGUUGAUGUUUUGCAACGAUAAUUAAAGCAACUCCGUGAAGAUGGGAUUAGUCGUCGUCGAUUACGCAGACCCCCUUUGCAAUGUGAAUGGUUAAAGUGUGGUGUUCUCCGAUUCUUCUCUUUGUCUCUACUGUUGCUUCACAGGUGUAUCUGGUCUCUGUAUUCUUGUUUCCUUGUCUCAGCUGCUGUCUAAAGACGUGAUGAAUCGGAUUUCAAAGUAAGCUUGCAAAACACCUUCAAUUAGCUCU